UCCACUGAGCUAUCUUAUGCAUAUUUCGUUGGUAUCUUAACUAAUUAGUGGCCACUAUAUAUGCAUAUUAUUAUAUCUUUUUUAUCCUUUCCAUUCUUUUAUCUAUAAAUAGAUUCACUUAAGCUUCUUCUCAAUCAUCUCUUCCACAGUCGAGCUUGGUCACUACACCACCCCAACCACUAAUCUUUUCUUAAUUUCAUUUGUUUCAACAUCACUCUCAAUAUGGCUUCUAAAGCGUUAUUGUUAUUUGUUAUGCUCACAUUUCUAUUGGUAAUUGCAAUGGAAGGAAGGAUACUUGGGGUUAAUUCAAAGAGUGAAGAUGGUGAGAGCAACGAUCUUUUGCAACGGUUAGGUUACAAUGUCUCUGAACUAAAGCGUAUUGGCCGAGAGCUUUCCGUCCAAAACGAAGUAGAUAGGUUUUCACCAGGAGGGCCUGACCCUCAACAUCACUCUUAUCCUUUGUCUUCAAAACCCUAAAAUUUGACCAGAGUUUGUGUUGCGCAGCUUUGCCAUGUAUAAUAUUAUUAUUAUUU